AAUUUUUAUGCAAUUUUGUAAGUCGGUUAAUGUUGUCAAAGUGCUUGCUUAUUACCGUAUUAAUUUUUUAUUCUACGUAUUUAUUCAUAUAAUUUAUACCUAAAUACAUUUUAAAGCAAUGUCAGAUGCUGAAGACGAUUUUAUGUGUGACGACGAUGAAGAGGAUUAUGGUUUGGAAUAUUCUGAAGAUAGUAAUUCAGAACCGGAUGUAGAUUUAGAGAACCAAUACUACAACAGCAAAGCUCUUAAGGAAGAUGCCCCAAGGCUUGCACUAGCAUCUUUCCAAAGAGUAUUAGAUUUAGAAAGCGGUGAAAAAGGUGAAUGGGGUUUUAAAGCCUUGAAGCAAAUGAUCAAAAUAAAUUUUAAGCUGGGAAACUUUAAUGAAAUGAUGGUUCGUUACAAGCAACUGCUAACAUACAUUAAAACUGCUGUUACAAGAAACCACAGUGAAAAAUCAAUUAACUCAAUACUGGAUUACAUUUCUACAUCAAAAAAUAUGGAAUUGUUACAAGACUUUUAUGAAACAACAUUAGAAGCUUUAAAAGAUGCCAAAAACGACCGCCUGUGGUUUAAAACAAACACAAAAUUAGGAAAAUUAUAUUAUGAUAGGGGUGAUUUUAACAAAUUAUCAAGAAUUUUAAAACAACUACACCAGUCAUGUCAAACAGAUGAUGGAGAAGAUGAUUUAAAGAAAGGCACACAAUUACUGGAAAUAUAUGCUCUGGAGAUUCAGAUGUAUACUGCUCAAAAGAAUAACAAAAAGUUAAAGACCCUUUAUGAGCAAUCUUUGCAUAUAAAAUCUGCAAUUCCUCAUCCUCUUAUCAUGGGUGUAAUUAGAGAAUGUGGUGGCAAAAUGCAUCUUAGAGAAGGCGAAUUUGAAAAGGCCCAUACAGACUUUUUUGAAGCAUUUAAAAACUACGAUGAGUCAGGCAGUCCGCGGCGUACGACAUGUUUGAAAUAUUUGGUUCUUGCUAAUAUGCUAAUGAAGUCUGGAAUUAAUCCAUUUGAUUCUCAAGAAGCUAAACCCUACAAAAACGAUCCUGAAAUAUUAGCUAUGACCAACCUUGUUAAUGCUUACCAAACAAAUGAUAUAAAUGAAUUUGAAUUAAUUUUGAAACAGAACCGACAAAAUAUUAUGGAUGAUCUUUUCAUUCGUGAACAUAUUGAAGAUUUGCUUAGAAACAUAAGAACACAAGUUCUUAUAAAACUCAUUAAACCUUAUACAAGAAUACAAAUACCUCACAUUUCAAAAGAACUUAAUAUUGAUGUGACUGAAGUAGAAAGUUUACUGGUAUCCUGUAUACUAGACAAUACAAUUCGAGGUAGAAUAGACCAGGUGAAUCAGGUACUUCUACUAGAUAGAAAAAGUGUCAGUUCUUCACAUUAUAAUGCCUUGGAUAAGUGGACAAACCAGUUGAGCUCUCUGCAUGUGUCUAUUGCAUACAGAAUGGCUUAAUUUUUGGAGUACCUACUCAGCUCAACGCCAUAUUCUUUAUAUUAUUUACAACAGCUUUACCAAUCCAUUUUUUCUCCUUAUUAAUUACAUAUUGUGUAUUAUAAGCGAAAUUCGCUUUAUUGAUUGCAUUGUAGUAAUUAUAAUAGUGGGCGAUUUUUAUCAGUGUAUGCACUUAAAUGCGGCAAAAAAUGUCUUUGAUUUUAAAUAAUGUUUAUACCAAGUAAUUUGUCUAAGUUAUUGUGAUGAAAUAAAGUUAUUUUGCUAACAUC